AUGGAAAUAUCCUCUCCUCGAAAUAUUAAUGCACCAACGUCCGCUUCAAAAACCUCCCAAAAUCAAUUUCGGAUCAAUGUCCAAAAUCCACUUUCUACCACAUCAUCUGGGGCUGCAAGUGCUACUGCACAAUUUACAUCUCCGGUGAGCCCUCAUUCAGGAAAUUUAGGCUCACCCUACAAGGUUCAGAGCAAGAAAUUUGAAUCAAUGGAAGCAACGUUAAACAGUAAAUUGAGACUAGAUACACCUCCGACAGAGGAGGAAUUAGCUACAGAGAUUCCAAGCCAGAAAAAAUUCGAACAAAUUUUACAAAAUGUAGAUAACGUUGUCAAGCAACACACCUCGUUUAUAAAUGCGGAUUCAAUAACAGGAGGUGGAGUUUCAACGAGGCCAGACAAAAUUAAACAGAAAAAGAAGAAGAAAGGAAGUAACCUAUUUAGUCCAAUGAGCGCAAGUGAGACCAGUUAUAUGGAAUUGUAUAAUAAUCUAAGGGAAAAGUAUCAAGUGCUGCUGGCUGAAAAUUUGAGACAGCAAGAGGUGUUUAAAUUAAGGCAUGACACAUUUCUAAAGAGAGAACAACAAUCAAAGGAUAUGGAAAGAGAACUAAAUGAGAAAAUGAGAGAAUCAAUGAUUGCCCGAGGUGUUGCUGGAGAUCAUAUGCAAGAACUUGUUGGAAUGAAAGAAAAAAUACAGGAAGGAGUCACAUAUCUAAAGUUGGAAACACAGAAUCUUCUUGAGGCCAAGGAGAAAGAAUUUCAAAGAAAAAUCGAAGAAAUGAUGAGAAGGUUUGAUAGAGAUCUUGCUGACGAGAGAAAAAUCAAUACGUCAGGCGAAAGGGAGUGGCGAGAAAAAAGCAAGUCCUUAAAAAAAGAGCUUGACAAUUCAAUAGCGCAAGUGAUAAAGGUCGAUCAGCUUAAUCACGAGUUGAUGAAGGAAAAUCAACGGCUAAAAAUACAGUUUGCUGCUCAGGAAGACGAUAGAAAUUAUCUUGCAAAACACAUUGCAAAAACGAAACGAGACAAUGAGAAGUUGAAGGAGGAAACAAAACGAUUACAAGAAGAACUCGCUCGAUGUAACAAUAUCAUCAAGGAGUAUCAACUUGCCAGAUCGCCACGUCCAGGUUCACCCUCUUCGUUUAAACAGGGAAUGAGUCCUCGUGACCGAGACUACUCAAUCUAUACUGUAAAUCCUGCGUUAGAGCCAGAUGAAAAAGAACGACGAUUUAUUGAAGCCAACAACAAGCUAAAAAAAUUGUUGGAAAUUGAAAGGAAAAAUAUAAGGCAAGUUCGAGCGCAAAAUAUCAAAAUUUUAGAGGAAAGAACAGAGCUUGAAAUAUUCUUGAGGAGCUGUAUCGAGGAUGUAAAGGAGGAAGUAAGAAGAACAAAAGCUGAAAGCAAAAACGACACAGAAGAGUUCCACAAAAAGGAAAGACAAAGAGUAAUAGAGCUGUUACUAUCAAAGGAACGAGUCAUUAAGAUCCUUUAUGAAAGAAUGUUUGACAAACAAUCCGAGAAAAAUUUUGAUGAUGAUGGUAUCAGCAUUCAAGAUCAACCAGCAUCUUUUCACAACUCGACAAAAGGUGAAACUGCAUCAAUGGGAACAGACUCUAAGGAAUAA